AUGGGCGAUACUAUCUCCGGUCCAAUCUUUAUUUCCAUUGGAGAUGAGGAAAAACUUGCCACAUUCUUGGAAAAGAAUCCAGAAAUCCCAAGAGACCAAGUCUUGGUCGAUGACUACAGUUUUAAGGCUUACAAGGCUGCCGGAUUUGGAAAGUUUGAUGACACAGACAAAGAAGUUGCCAAGGAAGCCAUGAGCAACAUGGGGGCACCUGAACUUGGAUUGAAGGGUUGGUGGAACUACAUGACGUCUGUUGGUAAGGUUUCUCCAAUCCCCAAAGAUAUGAAGUUUGGUGAAGUGCCGGAGGGUGUUCUUCGACUGGGUGGAACCUUUGUUGUGAAAGGAAACAAGAUUGUCUACCGCUGGAGUGAUCGUCUACCAGGAGAUCACCCUGACAUUGACAAUGUCAUUCAAAUUGCAGAAGAAUCAGCCAGUAAAAAGGGAGGCGACAUUUUCCAGGGUGUGCUCAAGAUGAUUGGUCAAUAA